GCCCAUUUAGAGUCUGUCACUAAGAGGCUCUUAAACAUGGUUGUUAUUAGUCACGAAGAUCCACGUUGGAACAGCUGGACGUGGAACGCUCGGACAAGGAGCGAAACAGCACAACUCUCACCUAAUUGGGUGUGUGUGUGUGUGUGUGUGUGUGUGUGUGUGUGUGUGUGUGUGUGUGUGUGUGUGUGUGUGUGUGUGUGUGUGUGUGUGUGUGUGUGUGUGUGUGUGUGUGUGUGUGUGUGUGUGUGUGUGUGUGGUGGAGACUACUUACAGGAAAAAUUUAAAUUUUUAGCAGGAAACCCAAAUGUUAUAAAGGCAUUUUAACGACAGAGGAAUGAUUGAGGUGACGUUAGGUCGACCUGUAGACACAACAGACGAAAACUAAUUCAGUCACUUCAGGAGCUGCUGAUGAACAUCAAAAUGCAUAUGUUCAAACAUAUUUGACAUCAUGAAUUCUCAAAAUGUUAUAUAUAUAUAUGGUUUGGAAUACUCCAUUUAACACAUGCACUCUUGAUCUGUAUUUGAUAAUUACAGUUGGUGUUUGGUGUUAGAAUAUCCUUAAAAGCAGUAACUGAAAUGGGCUUGCAUGAGCAGAACCAAAUUCUUUGUAGUGGUGGUUUGAAGUGAUUUUGAUUUUUGCAUUGAUGAGUAGCACUGUAACACUAUCCUGACUCCAUCUCCUGCUAAUCCAAGUCUAGGGACAGAAUCAGAUCAGGAGGGGCAUUUAGAUACAGCCAAUCACAUAUUGGAAAAUUCAUAUUCAUAUACUCUGAAUUGCAAAUUGAACUUGUGUUUAGGACAUAACUGUGCCCAACCCCCUAAGGAAAUUAGAACUGUAGUGCAUCAAGAAGGUGACCUCAUGUGUUUGGCCCAGGCCACAGAAUGUUUCUCAGAUCUGAGAGGACCAGGGGGAUUAUUCACACCAUUAAUUCCUCAAUUUACUGGAUGAAAUAGCAGAGGGCACUGUGUCCCACUGCUCCCUGCUUCUUACCUGCUUCUCUGACCGGCGGCCUAGUUAAUUAAAACACUCAUCUCACUGAUAAACCUGUUAAAGCCAUGCAAAGUAAACUAGACCUCUAGGUUUUAUUUGAGCUUCUCUUUACUUGUUCAGAUAAAAGUCUCACCCACAGUCACAGAGGAUGAACACGUUUGUAUAGACUGAAAUGAUAAAUGACAACAAUUGUUCUGAUAUUAGAACUAGACCACAGUUGAGUGAACUAACUGUACUGUAUGUUAUGAGAUUCAUAAAGUAUCCAUUUCCACAUCGACAUGGCAGGAACUGAUCACGUUUUUGUGUCUUCAAGUCCUCAGUGUGUCAGACAAAUACAGUCACUGGACCCAAUUUUCACUGCACAAUUAUCAUGGCCAAAAAUAUUCACCAUACAAAUAUUAUUGCAUUAACAUAAAAAAUAUAUAGUUUUUAUACCAAAUAUUUCACACCAAAUAUUUCAAUUUAUUUUUUGUUUUGUCUCAGAUAAAUUAUACCAAAAACAUGAGAAAUAUUCUGAAAUACCUUUCUAUAAAAGUAAACAAAAAGAACAAUAAAUCCUUUUCCACCUUUUUCAAUUACGUCCAGGAGCAGACAAAUAAUAAAGGAAUUGUUUUAUCAACUUUGGUGAAAGCCUCUAAAACUUCUAUGCUAGAGCCUAUAAGUAAAUAAUUAAAGUUAAUCAUUUUUAAGGCCUCUGUUGUUCUCACUGUAUUAACUCUGACCUUAAAGUACUAUUCAUUGAAAAUCCACAGACACAAAACAAUAAAUAAAUAAAACUACUUCUUAGUUUUUUUAUGAGCCCUGUAAAUUCAGUCCUGGUGCCCUCCUGAAAAAUCUUUUCACAAUCUUGUCCUGGUAGCUCAUUAGGUGGAACUUUGGCCUGGAAAGCGGGUUCAAACCUCCUACCUCAUCAGGUGUAAUUAUUAUUAUUAUUAUUAUUAUUAUUAUUAUUAUUAUUAUUAUUAUUAUUAUUAUUAUUAUUAUUUGUAGUUGUAGUUGUAGUGUUAGUAGUAGUAGUAGUAGUAGUAGUAGUAGUAGUAGUAAAUAAUAGUCAAAACAGAUUUGAACUGAAAGUAACGCAGACCUCAAAUACGCCUUAAUGUUUCUGAACAUGUGUCGUUUUAUCACUUCAGUUUAUAUGGUAACUGGAAACUUGUGUAGGCAGAGGCAUAGUGGUUAUUAGUGUAGGCUUCAAUAUUUAACAUGUUCCUAAUUGUCCCCGCAAACUCAAUAAGUUGGCACAGAUGAUAAGUAGAUUCCAUUUUAACCAGAUUAAUAUCCUUUGUUCCUGUAGCUUAUUUAUUGCACUGUCAUACCACAGCCCCUCUGAUUGUGGAUGGUUGUUUCAAGAGAUCAUUAAAAAAACAAUCUGAACAAAUAAUUUAAAAUUUUAAUCAAAUACGUAUCCAUACAUGCAUUUAUAUUAUAUUUAUUAUAUGUAAAUAUAUACUCAGUAUAAGUACUGUUGUUCCUCUACUACAUCAAACGCAAGCUUACUGCAGCUGAGUCUUUAUUCCAUUGACUCAAGAUCAUCAAAACUUCAUGAAUCAGUUUUAAACUGUAGAACUUGUUUGUGGAAAGAACCACUUUGAGAGAAAUAUAAAUUGAAACCUGUAGUCUACAAAAAGAGCUGUGACUCCCAUCCGUCUGUAAACACUCUGAUUAUGUAUGUACAAACCUGCUGGAAGCUUUGAUUGGUGUCCCACUGCUCUACAUUUUGCACUUGACUAAUUCACUCCAAUGAAACAGCCCUGGUCCCGGCUAAAUUUCCAUCCUUGUGUGUCUGUUGUUCCAUUGGAUCAUUUCAAGGUCCGUUACUAAGGAUUACUGUGUAAAUGCCAAGGCUAGUGGUGGACAGCUGCCUGAUCCACUCCAUUGGUGAUCAUGGGCCGUUUUUUUUCUUGUCAGAUUGUUUUGUCAUACAUUCAUGCGGAUGGAGCUCACACAGGACCAGGUCAAUGAAAUACGAGGCGGCUCUACAGGCACUACAGCCGAACUAUAAUAGGGUGUUUUUUCUAAGUGUCUAUGUUUAUUUUUCCACUGUAGGGAAAUAUUUACUCAACAUGCUUACAUGCUGGAACUUACACAGCUUGUGUAAGUUCCAUUAAUACUUUCUUCAACCCAAUUUUAUACCACAUGUGCACAUUCUAGGUUUAAAAAAUAUCCCAAAUAAAAACUUAAACAAAUCUUACUUUUAACUCUACUGAAAUACAAAAAGCUGAAAUUUACAUAGAUGUAAGCACCAGUGACAUUUAAAUCAAAAGUCAAUUUUCCUCAUCCAUCUGAAGUACAACCCUAUAGCCUAACCCCCUAAAUCCCACCAAACAGUCCAAUGAUAUGAUGAUAUAGAAUGAUACCAUUCUAUGAUUACCUGAAGACUAGGAUAAGUAGUUCUUGGUGUUGACUGUUUGCAGUAGGUGUUUUAUGUUAGCAGUACAGUGGCACAAUGUGCCUGUUCUGUGCAAUUUGACAGGGAAGAAUUCAGAAGAAAUUCAGUCAGGUCACCUUACAAUGGGGCAAUGGGGUGAACACUACACUGACCAUGGGGGGGGGGCUGGCCAAAACCCAGUGAAGGGAGAAGCUACCCUGAGGAGACGUGAGAACAGGGAGGGGGUAGAAUUGUUUUGUCUAGAAUACCUCAAGCACAACUAGAAAGAUGUAGCAAGGCAACAUUUUAAAACAUUGCCAUUUUCUCACCAUCUGAAAAUAACAACAUUCACCUUUUAGUAUCAAAGUACUGGCUGAUGCCACAGCAGUCACCUACUAGCUUGGCCUCUCUGACCGUCCCGUCCCCCAUCACUUCCACCACCCAUCUUCACCCACUCCAAAUUCACCCCCACCGCUCAGCUCCACUCAAUUGCAAGAAAAGCCAGAAAUACGUGUCUUUCUUUACGGUCUCUGCCAAGCUGUCCCUGUGGCUUAGGAGUCAAGAAUUCAAUUAGUUAAAAAAAGAGAAGAAAAGAGUGAGGUUGCAACAAUGCAGCGAUAAGGGGCAGAAUGUGCGUUCCCACACGCUAAAUACAGGGCGCUUUCUCAGGGGCCCACAGAGCCAGAGGACCCGCACCGCAGGAGGCGAGAAUAAUCACAGCUCCCUCUGAACCCCCUCAUUACACACACACACACACACACACACACACACACACACACACACACACACACACACACACACACACACACACACACACACACACACACACCUUACAUUCCUCACACACAGAUAGCUUCAUGCAGACAUGUGUUACAGUCAGACAUUGACUUGAAGAAAGACACACCUUCCAGACAUCCCACACAGCACACAUCCUCUCAUUACACGCUGGGCGCAUACAGGUGUGCUGGUCCCAGGUUAACCGCAGAGUACUUUCAUCUUUACAAAGACACACGCUUCCUCAUUUGACAGCCCAAAUGUUUUUUCUAAUGUUUGGGUGUGGUGGAGGUGACUGGAUACGCUGGUCACCCUAGUAUAAUACUACUUAUGCUGCUUUACCAUCCUCACAACCAUGCCUCUGCUACAGCAGAGUUGAGUUAAAGUCACUAUGUAUAUUAAUUUAGUUCCUGUAGUACAGUUCAUGGGGACUAGGGAUUAAUUCCAUUUCAUCCUUUUUAUUGACUUUCAAAAUAAUGUCCUUGUAUUAUUAUUAUUAUUAUUAUUAUUGCUAAAAUGCUCUGUGUUUAAGUACACUGCAACUUGCUGUUCCCUAACGUGAUCCUUAAUAGCAAAAUUCAGGUAAAUGAUCCAUGAAUUGACAAUAAUAUUGACAAUACAAUCUCGGGUUCAAUUAGAACUGGUAUUUAUUCAGUCCUUUUCAUCAUGCUGUUCAUAUUUGGACACAAUGAGACCAAGACAACACCCAAUGAUUGAUGAACAGUAACUCGCCAUUGCGAGGCUCUAAACGGGACUUUCUCAGAGAGAGGUGGCUACUGGGCUUAAUGUCUCAGAGUGUGAUCAGCAGGUUGCAACAAAGAUACAGAAGCUGGAACAGUCACAGUCACGUAGAAGUGGACGUCCUUUGGCCACAUCCCAUGCUGAUGACUGCUACAUUGUAACCAGUGCCCUGCAAAACCGGAUCAUGAAUGCCACUCAACCUCAGGAACGGUUACAGGAGUGAAUGUCUCAGGCAGUGGAGAACAGAGGAUGAGAUGCUGGAAGAAGGACCAUCAUGGGAGGACAAGCCCUUACACGGGAUGUACCACCGGAACAUAACUGAAGUGGCUGAUCUCAACAAAUCCUACCAAUGGCUUGAAAGCGCCGGGCUGAAGGACAGCACAGAGGCACUCAUCCUGGCUGCACAGGAGCAGGCCCUGAGCACCAGAGCCAUAGAGGCCCAGAUCUACCACACCAGACAAGACCCAAGGUGUAGACUGUGCAAAGAGGCCCCAGAGACGGUCCAGCACAUAACUGCAGGGUGUAAGAUGCUGGCAGGGAAAGCAUACAUGGAACGCCAUAACCAAGUGGCUGGCAUAGUAUACCGGAACAUCUGCGUGGAGUAUGGACUGGAAACCCCAAGGUCAAAGUGGGAAACACCUCCCAAGGUGGUAGAGAACGAGCGAGCCAAGAUCCUGUGGGACUUCCAGUUACAGACUGACAGAAUGGUAAUGGCGAACCAACCAGACAUUGUGGUGGUGGACAAAGAGCAGAGGAAAGCCGUAGUGGUGGAUGUGGCAAUACCAAGCGAUGGCAACAUAAGGAAAAAGGAACAUGAGAAACUAGAGAAAUACCAAGGGCUCAGAGAAGAACUGGAGAAGGCUUGGAAGGUGAAGGCCACAGUGGUGCCUGUGGUGAUUGGAGCACUGGGGGCAGUGACCCCCAAACUGGAGGAGUGGCUAUGACAGAUCCCUGGAAAAACAUCUGACAUCUCAGUCCAGAAAAGUGCAGUCCUAGGAACAGUAAGGAUACUGCGCAGAACCCUCAAGCUCCCUGGCCUCUGGUAGAGGACCCGAGCUUGGAAAGUGGAUGAGACCACCCGCGUGGGGUGAGAAGGGAGUUAUUUAUAUAUAUAUAUAUAUAAAUAUAUAUGCUUCAUAUAUAGUUGCUUCAGGGAGCAUGAGACAUCACUUGGCCCCA